CGCACGGCCCGGACGGAGGGUGCAAAGGAAGCGCUCCAUUCAGCCUCUGAUUGAAGGAAAACAGUCGACGGCGGGUCGCCGCGCGGUACACACGCCCCACUCUAACUCCGGCGUUAAAAAAAAAACACGCACGCGCGGGAAAAUUUGACAAUAAUAGUUUUAAACAGAUUAAAAAUAAAUUAGCUCCAAGCGAUUAGAUUAGACGUUUACUAGAAAUUAUUUAUUGAACGGUAUAUCGUAGUUGCAUAUUUUGGUAGUUAUUACCGUAGGCAAAGCCAAAACAAACGUUCCGUAAUUGCGACAAUAAUAUUUAGGGUUAAGAGAGAAAUAUUUACGCAAAAUUUAUAAAUAGAGAUUUAGAUUAUGGGUGAGCCAAAGAAUAUGGAGGUAUGCGGGAGUGUGAUGGACGGUGUGGCUGAAAAGGGGGGUGUUCUGGAGUCGCCGAGUAAGAAGACUCCUGUGGAGUACAAGGUGUACCCGUACCGAUGGGCUGUGUUGUUCAUCUUCGUGCUGUACUCGGCCUCGAACGCGAUGCAGUGGGUGCAGUACAGCAUCAUCCAGGACGCUGUAGCGGCUUACUACGGGGUCAGCAGCAUCACCGUGUACUGGACCUCGAUGAUCUACAUGGUCACGUACAUUCCCCUGAUCUUCCCCGCCAGCUGGCUGCUUGAGAAAACGGGUCUCCGGGUGACCACCAUCAUCGGUUCCCUCGGCACGUGCCUGGGGGCAUGGCUGAAGGUGUUCUCGGUCCCGCAGGACAUGUUCUGGCUGGGCUUCACGGGGCAGACCGUGGUGGCCAUGUCACAGGUGUUCAUCCUCAACGUGCCGCCGCGGCUGGCGGCUGUGUGGUUCGGAGCUGACCAGGUCUCGUCGGCCUGCAGCAUUGGUGUUUUUGGAAACCAG